UCCCUUCCUUCUUAGAGGCUACGCGUCAUGCAGCUUCAGAGGUCUCCGUGCAGCAGGGCCGUCGCCCAGCGCAAGUGCGCAUUAAAGCCCGCGAUGCGCAUUGCUGCACCGGCGCUGCAGGUGGCGUGCCAGGCUGGGCGUUGGCAGGCGGGCGAGAACGAUGAGAAGCUCCAACCCAAGGAAGUCAUCCUCCGGUCCGUGAACAUGGCCGUCGUGGCCGCGCUCCUGACAAUCGGAGCUGCUCCGCGUCCUAGCAAUCUUGGCAUUCAGGAUUACGGCGCCGGUAUCCAGACGCUGUCUCUCUGCCCGUCUACCCCCAACUGCAUCGCGACAUCGGAGGAGGGCAAUGACCGCGAGCACUACGCGCCCCCGCUCACGUACAACCCGCAGGAUGGUCGUGGCCGCAAGAACCCCGCUACUCAGGAACAGGCCAUGGCCGAGUUGGUGUCUGUGGUCAAGACCCUUCAGCCGGACGGAUUCACCCCCAAGAUCAUCAAGCAGACCCCGAACUACUUGUACGUGGAGUACGAGAGCCCCAUUAUGGGGUUCAUCGACGAUGUGGAGUUCUGGUUCAAGCCAGGUCCCGGCGCCCGAGUGGAGUACCGCUCCGCGUCACGCGUUGGGGAGUCUGACGGCAACAUCAACCGCAAGCGCAUCCGGGCCAUCCGCCAGGAGCUCGAGAAGGAGGGUUGGCGCAGCACCGGCUUCUAAGACUUUCAGGGCGGGUCUCCCCGCCUCAUCUCGGCCCCCAACCCCCUCACCCACCCUCCUCUGAAACAGAAGCAACCACCACCUUUCUCCUCUUGCCGUAAUCGUAACUGCUCGCCCUCGCUCAGUACAGCAUCAACAGCAACAUCAAUAAGCACAUCAUGGCUAACAACUGGUUGAUUUAAGCAACUAUGUAACCACACAUACAUAUACACACAUAUUAUAUGUCUACAUACAUACAUACGUACAUCCGCUAGAUUUGGUUGGAUGCUGGUGGUGAGUUGCUGAACUCAACGAAUACAUUCCGAAGUCGGAUGGGGUGAAUGGAUUAGGGUGCCCCUCUCGCAGGGGAGAGCAGGGAACUGCCUCGGGAAAGGGGGCCGCUGGUGAAGCUAUACCAACCUGUAACAACAUCAUACGU